UUUUUAUUAUUGAUUGAUUUAAUACUUUGCUUUAUGAAUUGAUAUUUUUCUUGGAUAGGUAGCUAUAUAUUUUAUCAUCUUUAAUUCUUAUUCUAAUACUUAUCCUUUUUUAUUUGAUGUUGCAGGAAAUGAAAGGAAUUGGACGAGGUAAAAGUGUGAGAGGUGGGACGAGCUGUGGACGUGGCAAUUUUUGAGGACAUGCAAGUUCAGGAAUGAUGUCUCAACCACAAAUUCAACCAAUAGAGAUUAAUGAGGCUUUUUUGGAGACAGGACAAUCAAGUAACCCAACUCAAGGACCUAUACAGACCAGACAAACAUCAAGUAGCCCUCUCCAAGGAACAUCUCCAGAGACAUAAUCAUCGAGGAAUCUAGAAGAAAGUGUACUUCCUUCUCCACAAGCUUCAAAUGGUGCAGUUUCUCGCAUCAAUAAAAAGAAAGGAAGAGGGAAAUAUAAAUCUAAAAUAGUAUAUAUAAAAACUAGGUAUGGAGGCAAAAUCACAUAUUGAUUCCAGAUGACAUUGAUAGAGCUGUGGGUCCUGGGGCUAGAGAUAUUGUUAAUUACUCUGGUUUGACCAUGAGGAGAAUUAUCUCGUUCCAGAGGGGAAGUGGCAAAAGAUUGUUUUGAAAUACGGAAAAGCAAUGUGGUUGAGGGUCAAGUUUGUGGCGGACUGCGAGAGCAUAAGUGGCAAGGCUUUGUGAUAAGUAGUAUGCAAAGGCUUUUCAGAGCAUGGAAAGCUCGAUUGCACACUGACUACCUCUGUUAUGCUACUGAUGAAGAGAGAUUGUCUCAUCGACCUGAGGAUGUUCAGUUGGAUGGGUGGAAAUACCUAGUAAAGUAUUUUGGAAGUGAAGAAUUCAAGGACCAGCUCCAUCAACUUGUUGUUGAACAACAAUCUGAAGAGGUCGAGAAUCCCAUGACUAGAGAAGAGAUGUAUUCAUCCAUUCUUGGUGAGAGACCGGGCUAUGUGCGUGGUUUUGGAUAUGGAAAGAAGCCUCCCAUAAAGACUCAAAUGCAGCAGGCAAACAUAGAGGCUAGCGUGUCUUUUGCAAUGGAAAUUAUGCGGCAAGAGAUGCAAGCCGGUAUGGACCGAAAGUUGCAAGAAGAACUUAACCGGAAGUUGCAAGAAGAACUUAACCGGAAGUUGCAAGAAGAACAUGAACAAAUGGAUAUCGACUUAAAAAGGGAUAUGGAACAAGAUUUGCAAAAUAAAUUGAAAGAGGAGCGUGCACACAUGAAAGGAGAAUUUGACAAGAUGUUCCAAGAACAAAUAGCUGCUUUCAUGACUAGAAUGCAACAGGUACUUGCUCUCGCUCUUGCUAUUCAGGAUAAUGCCUAUGAAGAGAAAAGCAACAGCAGCCCAGAGGGCAAGGCAAUGUUCGGAAGAAGGAUUGAGCGGGAGUCACCGGUAGAUAUAGAGAAAGGCGGGUCCCAGAAUGAAGUUCCAUCCCGGACCUCUUAUACCUCGACCGCUCCAGAAGGGCAUACAGGAACUCCAACACCCCCAGUUCCCCCACCUGAUACCUCGGGUCAAGAGGUUCCUCAGGGUAAAUGCAUUAAAAAGGGACAUAUUUUAGAGGAUGGUGCUGCUACGGUGGUAUCUGGCCUACAAGUCAGUGUCUGUCAUGCUCCUCGUCAGGGUGUAACCGACUGCAACUCCUCUUUAGCAGCUAUUGUUCCUGAAUGGCAGGCUGCCAUGAGAGCUGAGUUUGAUGCAUUGGAUGCAAAUAGAAUUUGGGAUAUUUUCGAGUUGCCUAUGGGUAAGAAACCAAUUGGUUGA